AUGGAAGAAGAGCCAACUACUCAAUCCAAGCCAUUAGAUGAUGAGGAUAUAAACAUUUUGAAAUCAUAUGGUUCGGGACCAUAUUCAAAAAGUAUAAAAAAAGUGGAAACCGACAUUACUGGGUUGCUUACUAGCAUUAAUAAGCUAUGUGGGGUAAGGGAAAGCGAUACAGGAUUAUGUUUGCCAAAUCAAUGGGACUUGCAAUUAGAUAAACAAAUGUUAAAUGAAGAGCAACCACUACAAGUAGCUAGGUGCACAAAGAUAAUAAAUUCUGAUACAGAUCAAACAAAAUAUAUAAUAAAUGUAAAACAAAUAGCAAAAUUUGUUGUUGGUUUAGGGGAUAAAGUAGCACCUAGUGAUAUUGAAGAAGGUAUGAGAGUUGGAGUUGAUAGAACAAAGUAUAAAAUUCAAAUUUUAUUACCUCCAAAAAUCGAUCCUAGUGUUACUAUGAUGACUGUUGAAGAAAAGCCAGAUAUAACAUAUAAUGAUAUUGGGGGAUGCAAAGAACAAUUAGAAAAAUUAAGAGAAGUUGUUGAAAUGCCUUUAUUACAACCUGAGAGAUUUGUAACAUUAGGUAUUGACCCACCCAAGGGUGUUUUACUUUAUGGGCCUCCAGGUACAGGAAAAACAUUAACAGCUCGAGCUAUUGCAAAUAGAACAGAUGCAUGUUUUAUUUGUGUUAUAGGUUCAGAAUUAGUUCAAAAAUAUGUAGGUGAGGGGGCAAGACUUGUUAGAGAAUUAUUUCAAAUGGCUAAAUCUAAAAAGGCAUGCAUUUUAUUUAUUGAUGAAGUAGAUGCUAUUGGAGGGUCAAGAGGAGAUGAAAGUGCUCAUGGAGAUCAUGAAGUUCAAAGAACUAUGCUUGAAAUAGUAAAUCAAUUAGAUGGUUUUGAUAAUAGAGGUAAUAUAAAAGUUAUAAUGGCAACUAAUAGGCCAGAUACAUUAGAUAGUGCUUUAGUUCGACCAGGUAGAAUUGACAGAAAAAUUGAAUUUAGUUUACCAGAUCUUGAAGGAAGAACACAUAUUUUUAAAAUACAUGCUAAUACUAUGAACAUGAGCAGAGAUGUGAGAUUUGAACUUUUAGCAAGAUUAUGUCCUAAUAGCACAGGAUCAGAUAUUAGAAGUGUAUGCACAGAGGCAGGUAUGUUUGCCAUCAGAGCAAGGAGAAAAACAAUUACUGAAAAAGAUUUAUUACUUGCAAUCAAUAAAGUUAUACAUGGCUGCAAACAAUUUUCGGCAACUGGAAAAUAUAUGGUAUAUAAUUAA